UUUUAUUUUUUACAUAUCACACACAUUCACGUAUCUUAAAAUAACAUAUAUACAUAUGCAUACAUAAAAGAUGAAAUAUAUAUCUCCAAAUAUGUGUAUCGUAUUUUGUAAACUUUGACGAAAUAUUUUUAUAUUUUUAUAUUUUGUCGAAAUUCUGUGUGUAAAAAAAAGAGAUUAAAAUAAAUACAAUCCAAAAUAUAUAAUAUGCAUAUUUUAGUUUUCCUCCUAUUAUCAAGAACAAUGUGUAUUGUGCAACAAGUCAUACUCUCUCAUUUGACAGCUCCAGGAAAAUCGCAACGUCAAUAAGAUUAUAAUUCAAUUCUUUUAUUUGUGCAAAAAGAAGAAACAAACCAUAUCAUAACUUAAAGAAUGGCGAAAAUCGACGAAGAUAUGUGUUUGGAACAUAUUCCACUAGCAAUAUAUAACAAAUUAGUCAAUGAAUUAAAUAAAAAUUCAAAUUGGCAAGUGCUGGCAGUUUAUGUAGCCGAACAACUCGGAUGUCAAUGGAAUUCAUGGCUGCAAUCGUUAGAACAGAAUAUCAAUAUGACAAAAACACCAGCAGACAAUCUAUUGUUUGAACUAAAUAUAAAAAUGUGUACAGUUGGUGUAUUGUGUACAUUACUUAGAGAUUGUGAACUUGGUAAUGUUUUGUCAGUUUUACAUGAUCCAGAGCCAUUAAUAAUUACCAAACAUCCAUCUGAUGGUAUGGAAUGCGAUUCCUUAGACAUAUCCUUUGGUCAACAUCUUUGUCUUUCUUGCAAAGCUACUGGUAUACCACCUCCAAGUUAUCAGUGGUGUCAUAAUAAUAUGGAGUUGCAGGAACAGCAGAGUCAUGAACUUGAUAUCAUUAUAAAUAGCUGUGAUCAAACUGGAGAAUAUAACUGUAAAAUCUCACAAGUAACUGAAGAUGGAAAGACAAUAAAUUCUGUAUUUCUAACAAAAUCAGUCUUUGUAAAUAUAUCUCGUAUGCCUGUAGUAAUACAGCAGCAACCACCCACUUUCUUAGAGAUUAAAGAAGGUGAAGAUUUUACAAUUAAAUGUAUAGCACAUGGUCAUCCAAAACCAUGUUAUCAAUGGUUCAGAGAUAAUACAAAGCUAGAAGGAGAAACAUCAAAUGUAUUAUAUAUAAAACAAUUUAAUUCCAAGUAUGAAGGAAAGUAUUACUGUUACAUAAGUAAUGGUGUGAAUGAAGUGAUUACCCAAAGAAGUCAUGUAAUGAUGGAUCUUCCUCGUGAAAAAGCGGUUGCAAAGAUAGCUUUAAUCAUUGCAAAUGAUGAUUAUGAAAAUCACAAAUGUUUAGAGACACCUAAAAAUGAUGCUGCAAAAAUUGGUAAUCUAUUGAAAGAGAUAGGUUUUAAAGUAAUCUGCCUUGUAAAUUUAUCACUUGAACAAAUGAGGAAUGCUAUGAAAGUAUUUAAUCAGGUUUUGACAGAAGGAGUCUAUGGAUUGUUUUACUAUGCUGGGCAUGGCUUUAAAAUGCAGGAAAAUUACAUGCUUGCUGUUGAUGCGCCAGCAUCUUACUUAAGAAAAGAUGCAAUUUGUGAGAGUGAAUUGUUAGCUAUAUUAUUGCAAAAUGAUCCUGCUCUUUUAGUAGUGAUACUGGACAUGUGUCAAACUGUCCCACCAAAAGAAUGUAAUCCUGAUAUUCAUAAUGAAAUACCAAAGGUUGAAGAAUACAAGAGUAGGAAAAAUCUUCGAAAUUUAAUCCAAGCAUACUCCACGUCUAGUCAUCGUCCUAGUUAUGAAAGAACGAAUAGCAAAUAUGGAUUAUAUGCAAUGCAUUUAGGCAAAUAUAUCAGUAAAAAUAUUCCAAUCACAAAAGUAUUUGAAGAAGUAGGAAAAUCAAUAGAUAAACAGUUAAAGGGAACAGAGCGUAAUCAAAUUCCAAUGUUUGCAUUAACUAUUACUAAACCCUUCCGUCUUACUGACGCAAUAUACAAAAGAGAUCCAACACCUAUGCUGAAUAAUUUCAAUAACUUAAUAGCCUUUUCAAAUAAAUCUUUUGAAAUAAGCUUUAAGCGAACUGGUAUUGUUGCUAAGGGUACAAUCUCAUUAUUUAUGGAACCUUAUUUGAAUGUAAUCAAGAUUUCAAUAUGUAACUUGGAAGAUCUAGAAGUAAAUUUUUUUAACUUUGUACCUAUAAAGCGGAAUAACUUGUUUCAAGCUACAGGUUUCAAACAAGAAUGUUGGAUACAUAAUCCACAAAUAUGUCAGGGGCCUUUGGUUGUAUCUAUAUCAAAAAAUAAAACUCCUAUUGAUGCAACAUUGUUGCACAUUGAAAAUCAUAUUCCACUGAUAUUGAAAAUCAUCAAUAACUAAUAUUUAUAUAAUUAUUGCAAGUUAUGUGUACAU